AUGACGACGCGGAGGCGACGCGGAGCCGUUGGACGGAUGCUGCUCGACCUCGGUAUUAAUAUCAGUCGUGCGGAAAGCGGAAACCCACCUGGGCCAGAACCCAUGACUCUGCUUCGGGGAGCAAUGGCGAGGCCCAAGCUGACGCUAUAUUUCGACCUACAUAGCCCAUACUCAUAUUUGGCCUUUUACCUCAUCAAGAAUUCCCCGGUCUUCAAACCUUGCGACGUGACAUAUACCCCCGUGCUGCUUGUGGCAUAUAUAGAUGCUGUCGGGUUAAAGCCCCCCUGGAGCAGUCCCAACAAGGUGAAAUGGUUGCACACAGACGUCGCCAGAUGGUGUCGAGAAUUCGAUAUCCCUUGGAACCCAGGCUUACCGGCAAACUACCCAUUCGACGUUACCACUUUAAAGGUACAGAGGGCCCUGGUGGCAUGUUCCCUCGAAUGCCCCAAUCGAUACCCAGAUGUGCUAGGCGCCGUGUAUCAUGCAUUUUGGUGUGAGAAAAAGGGUGUUCAACUGCCCGAUGUGCACGCACCGAUUAUCACUCAGGUAGUCGGCAAGGAUGUCGCCGCAAAGAUCCUGAAUAGGAGCACGACUGAGGAAGUCAAGUCGCUCCUCAAACAGAACACCAAAGCCGCCAUUGCUAGUGGAUCUCCAGGGCUUCCCUGGAUCAAGGCUGUAAAUGGAGAAGGACAGGAGGAGUUCUUUUGGGGAUUUGAUCAUCUCGGACAGGUGAUAAGAUUUCUGGGCCUUGGGGCGACAGGCGGGCCGCAUCUGUGA